AUGGCCGACCACACCUACACCUUUAAUGUGUCCAUGUCCUGCGGCGGCUGCUCUGGCGCCGUUGACCGCGUGCUCAAGCGCCUAGAAGGCGUCAAGAGCUACGAGGUCUCUCUCGAGAAGCAGUCGGCCACCGUCGUCGCAAACCCUGAGCUUUCAUACGAGACCGUUCUGAGCACGAUCGCCAAGACUGGCAAGAAGGUCAACUCCGGCGAGGCUGACGGCGAGACCCGCAGCGUGGAAGUGCCAGUCCAGGCAUAG